AUGGCGGGUACACGGGCGCACGGCCGCCUCCUGCACUCGCUGCUCUGCCAGCUGUGCUGCGGUUGUGGCUGCAGCUCCUGCCACGGGCUCCGCGUGUCCACGGGCACCCGGAUCCUCUACACGCUGCUGCAUGUCCUGGCCUCUGCCGUGUGCUGCCUCAUGCUGUCCCGCACCGUGGCCCAGGCUGUCAGGGAGAAGGUGCCCUUCUUGGCAGUGCUGUGCGAACACCUGCCUGGGGGCACGGACUGCGAGCGGCUGGUGGGCUCCUCGGCCGUGUACCGGGUCUGCUUCGGCACCUCCUGCUUCCACCUGGCGCAGGCUGCCCUGCUCCUCAACGUGCGCUCCAGUGCCGGCUGCCGCGCUCAAAUCCACAACGGGUUCUGGCUCCUGAAGCUGCUGGUACUGGUGGGGCUCUGUGCUGCCAGCUUCUUCAUCCCCGAGGAUGGCUUCAUCCGAGCCUGGCACUAUACGGGCGUUUGCGGGGGCUUCGCCUUCAUCCUCAUCCAGCUGGUGCUGAUCACCGCCUUCGCGCACACCUGGAACAAAAAUUGGCUGACGGGCGCCACGCAGGACAAGCGCUGGUACCUGGCCAUUCUGCUGGCCACAGCCACCUUCUACACCCUCGCCUCCGCCGCCUUCUCCUUCCUCUACAAGUACUACACCCACCCGGCCGCCUGCCACCUCAACAAGGCACUGCUCACCGUCAACGGCAGCCUCUGUGGCAUCAUGUCCUUCAUCUCCAUCACGCCCUGUGUGCGGCUCAAGCAGCCGCGGUCAGGGCUGCUGCAGUCCUCAAUCAUCAGCUGCUAUGUGAUGUAUCUCACCUUCUCCGCGCUGUCCAGCCGUCCCCCGGAGAGAGUGCUCUACAAGGGGCAGAACCUCACCGUCUGCUUCCCAGGCGUCCGGCAGGAUGAUCUGCAGACUGAGGACACCACCGUUGCUGUCCUGGGGGCCGCCAUCAUGUACGCCUGCGUGCUCUUCGCAUGUAAUGAAGCCUCCUACCUCGCCGAGGUCUUUGGGCCCCUCUGGAUGGUCAAAGUCUACAGCUUUGAGUUUAAAAAACCCUCCUGUUGCUUCUGCUGCCCCGAGAAGAUGGAGGAGGAGCUGAGAGGUGGGUGCGGGCUGGGUGCAGUAACACACACCCUUGGGCACCUGUGUCCCAGCCCCAGGGGUGCUGGUGAGGAGGGCAUGCAGGAGCUGCCGUGCCCCUGUGCUCUCCCAGGUGCUGAGCAGACGUGUGAGCAAGCGGAGGAGACUGCUGGGGGACAGUGCAUCGUCCAGGAUGAGCGAGACCGGGUGGUCUACAGCUACUCAGCCUUCCACUUUGUCUUCUUCCUCGCCUCGCUCUACGUGAUGAUGACGCUCACCAACUGGUUCAGCUACGAGAAUGCGGUGCUGGAGACCACCUUCACGCACGGCAGCUGGUCGACCUUCUGGGUGAAGGUGUCCUCGUGCUGGGCCUGUGUCCUGCUCUACCUGUGGCUGCUGCUGAGCCCCCUCUGCCUCCAAGGCUCCCCCCAGCACCGGCGCAGCAGCCCGGCCCUGCGCAUCCUGCGGCGACGACGCGCCUCGCAGCGCAUCAGUGUCUCCACGUAG